AGCAGCUGUUUCUUAGAACUGCGAAUGAUUCUCUCUCCCUAUAGCUGGCUACGUAGCCUCUAUCUUUCGAGGGAAGCGCAGGUGAAAGUCCUCCAGAGAGAUGCCGAAAUUCUGGGCCACAGAUUACCUCUCAGAAGCCCUGCAGGAGCAGCGGGCAGUGGUGGACCGCAUGAGCCUCGCUCCGCCGGCCCACAUCGAGAUAGUGGACUCCUAUGCUCACAAGGGGGAGGUGGACAACAUACACUGCACCAUGCCUUGGAUAUUGUUGUCUCCAGAUGCAGACUUCAACCUCCAGUCACACGUGCCUCCUGAAUCCCUCUUCCAACAACUCUGCUCCGACCUCCAGAUGCUGGGUGACCCCCCGGGGGUUCGUUUGAGGGGUCUAAUAUCAGGGGCAGGGGGCUCAAACAAACAGUGUGUGGAGAAGUAUAGGGGCGAGGAAUCUGGAUCCGAGAGCCUUUUCAGCGAUGACGAGGAGAUAGGGACAGGGACAUCCUCAUUUGGUCUGACCCAAGAGAUCGACAUGGCCGUGGAACGUGUUAUGAUGUCAUCAUUAUCGGGGACAGGGGGGAGGGACGACACAAAUGGGUCGUCCGGGGAGGAUUUCCCGUCUGAAAAUCUGCGGGGAUGGGAGAAGAACACGUUAUCUGAGGUGGCAGAGCUGUACCUGGAGGAACAUGAGAGUCCACUCCACCUCCCUUGCCUCCUGUUCUCCCUGCCGACUGUGACUGACCUGGUGGCCAGACUCAAACCAAAGCUCAUCUCGGACCCUCUCGUCGACCCCUCCACCGGCACUUCAUACUCCCACUCCCACAUCUACAGAUCCGACUUUGAGUUGUUGGAAGCCGGGUCUCUCCAAGAGGAAGCCCCUGUAAUAACUGACACAAUCACGGCGGCUCGAGAGUUGGACCAUUUCCCACGAGAAGACGUUGACGGUGCAGCGAGCGACCUGGUCCUAGAGCUGCACAUAGCCAGUCCCAUCAUCAGUGGGUCCCUGCUGGAGCCUUCAUCUCCCAGCCUCCUUCCUCCUCUACCUCAACUACCGUCUCCUGUGGUGGAUGAGGGAGACAGUGAGGACACGCUGAAACCAGGAGAAGCAUAUGUCAAGUUUACUGCCAAGUGUAUGGAUGGUUAUCUCCUCACAGAACUGAGAGAGUUGGUGAGUGAGGUACUGGAGGAAACAGAGAGGAGACAGCUCCAUUUCUCUUCCCCACCACUAGCCCCAACACCCAGGUCUAGCUCCGCUGACUUCCUCCAACUCAACAAUGCAGAUGUGAGUCGUGAUUCUGAGGAUUCUGGGAUUGGUCACGCCAUCUUGGAGUCUCCCUGCAUUCCUCUCUUCUCCUCCCCCUCCCUCUUCUCCUCCUCCUCCCUCCCAGCUCACCUCGCUCGCCUCCAGGCCUUCCCCGUCUCCCCCAACUCACCACACAAACUGGAUCUGCUGAGUCCAAUGAGUGAAGACCGACUGUUGACCCAUCUUCAGGAAGACUGUAGGACAUUUGAUAGUGUUCUGGCUCUCAAGCUACCCUAUACUGGUACGAGUAGUUAUCUUGAUGCUAUGCUAAAGAGCUGCAGGCCUUUGGAGUUGGUGGAGGCAUACUGCGAUCUCCGUCCUAUAAAUCUCAGUGGCGAUUGUGAACUAGCUCUUCCCUGGGAUCCUCUUGCUUCGUUCUACCGCCUUAUGACUGCUGUGCAGCGAGCACUCGUGUGUCUGCGGUGCCCAAUUGAGCGGGACAUCACGGAACCGGACGACGCUGCGGAAAAAUUUGCAGCGGAUGCAAGACCGGGGGAUGAACUUGAAGAGAGUCAUAUUGGUGUGGUUGAGGUAGACGUCCCCAGCAUUCAUUCAGGCCAAGUGGGGUACUUGACCAAGACCAGGCAAGUACCAGUCCCCAGCAGACUCUCCAGUGUUACCACUAGACCUGGGCCUGUUCUGAAAAGUGGCGGAGAGAGAGGAGGAAUUGAGCGUCUGCAGCGCGUCGAUAGUGCGUCUCCUCUGGAACUGUUCAUCAUGAUGCGGACGGGGAAACUCUCUCCCGAGGUGGCUAAGAUGUCUGACACAAGCAACAGCAGCGAAGGGGAGCACCAGCUGAUUCUGGGGAAGGUGACUCACUAUGGGGCCCCCAUCAUGGAGGCACUGGCGGCUCACGGUCUGCCGGUCGGGAGAGAGACUGCGUUUGCCGGUCUCAACCCAGAUGACGUCAAGUUCUUUCUCAAACAGCAGCAGAAGUGCCUGGCUGAUUCACAGGGCUCUAAGGAAGAGGGUGUUCUACUGCAGAGUUGUAAGCUAGCUGCCUCUCUCUAUGUCCUUGUGUCUCUCGCUGACGGCAUCGUAGACAUCAACCUAGCCACCGGUCUUAGAAGGUUCGCAUUCCUGAAUGAAAAGUACGAGGAACUGAUAGGAGGUUGCCUGGAUGCUGCAAAGCAGGGUCUGGCAGAUCUUCUGUUGAGAGUGCAGGACAUGCCUCAUCCCAAGCUCCACUCACUGGUUUCAAUUGUGGACGCCUGGAAAACCAGCAGGAGAAAGACGCAUGAGAAGGCUGUGGUGGUUAUAGGAAAGGAUUUCUCAACAGUGUCUGGUGACAUUCUCGACUUUCUAAAGUCCAUUUCUGAUUUGAAGUCGUGUGUGUUUUCCUUUGCCUGUGAGAGCCCUGGUAACCCUCUCUACCUUGAGACACUGGAAGAAAGACUCCAGUACUACGACUGUCUGGUGGUGCCAGUGUCCUCCGUUGUGGCCACCUUUCCCUGGGAGAAGGUGGGGCUCCUGGUGGAGUACCACCCUCUCGGAGAGGGGGCUCUGUUUCUCAAUGGCCGACCGCCGCCCGGUCUCCGCCCCACUCAGUGGCUGGUUCUCAACACACUGCGGGAGGUAUCUCAAACUUCCCUCGCCAAGUCAGGAUCUUCGCUAUCAGUCAUGGCCUUCCAGUACACCCUCAUUGCCUCUGAGAAUAUCACCAACUCUCCAAAGUUACUACAACUCCUUGAGUCC